GCAGAAUGGGAAGUCACGAACGUCUCAGUAUGAGAAGAUGCAUCUACGGCUCGUGGGUUCUGGUCUCUGAAAUAACAAGCCCGACUUUUUUAUUCCCGUCUCCAAAUAUGAGAACCCAUAACUGUGCGCUGUCGAGUCACGAUUGUCUACGAGCAUUUGGAUAAUCAAGCCAGGGGGCUCUGUACAGACAACAGGCAUGGAGCACGCGCUCAGGUGCAACGACAUCAAAUGUCGCGUGGAACUGCGCGACAGGGCCUUGGUCACGACCUGCAGUCAUAUUUUCUGUGUUGACUGUGUCAGCCGCUCCGGUUUCAACGGGAUUGCCCCUGAACACCGAAGGUGUCCAGCAUGUCAGACUCAGCUUCCGAGACCCGACGACGCCAUGAUCACCAACCUCAACCCAAGCGAGGACUACAAGACCAGUGUCCUCAGCGGCCUGAGCCCAGAGGCCAUCAUGGAAUGUGCGGGCCGUGCAUUGAGCUUCUGGUCUUACCAGAUGACGCAGGAUCUGACUUGGGAGGCCCAUCGUUGUAAAGUCCUCACUAGCCGAUAUUCUGAGCUGAGCACUACUCUCGACAACAUCAUCGGUGAUGCGAAUGCCCAGCUCACAGCCCUUCAGAAUAAGGUGGCCAGCAUGAACAUUGACCACGACAACCUCCGCAGGAAAAAUGAGGAAUUGGUGCAGGCAUACAAGGAGAAAAACCGAAAGCUGCUGCAGACGCAAGAGCUAUACGACAAGCUCAAACGCAAGGCCAUGCUCGGCCACAUACAGGAUGCUGCCUCUGACGCAGUUGACACUACUCUUCAGGGAGCCUCCUCUUACGCAGCCCAGCAGGCAGAUCACGGAGUCUACGAACAUCAGAUCGGAACACCACUGCGUUCAGCACAGUACGGCGAAAGAUCGGACCGCCCCGGAUCCUUGCCCGUGCAACCCCAGAUGAUGCCGCCCGAUCCUCGAGCUGGAACUUGGGCCGCACCAGUGUUCCCACAAGGCAAGUUACGAAAACAAUUCCCAAGCCCUCGAGAUCCUAAUGAUUGUGCAGCGGGUGCACCAAUGACACCUAUGAAACAUCGACAACCACCGGGUGUUGAAAGACUUGGCCUGUCAGCAGUGCCCGGAAUGAUGUCGGGCACUCCAGUACCCCUUCAUGGGUCGGGACGUGCGAGGCAACCUUUGCGUGAGCUGCAGCACAACCCACGAGCAAACACAGAAAGUUUUACAGGAGUAGGGCUGAGCUCUCAUCUGAAAACGAGCCAGGGACUUGUGGGAUCACUUGCUGCUGCUACGCGGCCACCACGAGUUGCACAAAGACCCGGAGUACCGGCUUUCGGGGCGACGGCGCCCCAAGGAAACGGCUCUGAGUUCCGCCAUGCUGUUUGAAUAGGACGGCUAGUGACUUGAGCUGCCGCGUCAUGGAAUUUCUCACGCUUGUCGCCGGUACAAUGCGAUUGUUACGGUCCUUGGCUUGUUUUGUCUGUGCCUCUUUCAGCGUCUUUAACUAAUAAAGAACCUGGCUCGACUCCUUGUCUUCUGAAUGUGUUCUCCUCAAGGUCCGAGCCGCUAUUGCCACUAUCACGGCACAAUGGAUUGUGCGAUUCCCAAUAAGAAUUAUUUAUAUCUACGAAUAGGCUCUUUGUAAGUCUUCAGCACCUGCUUUAUG